CUGUCAUAUACUCUAUCAUUUAGAAGACCGAAUUGGACAGAUAUAUUUUUGGGAAAAAGCGACAGAAGCGGCGAUGGAAGGCGAGCAAAAAAAGGAGCAGCCACAGCCGAAGAAGCCGAAGAAGAAGCGCAACAAGUUCUUCCCGAAGCUGUCCAUCAGGGACAGCAUGGAGCCCAGCUACACCAAGCUGAGGGACAUACCGUACAACGUGGUGUGCAGGCAGAGAUAUCGCAACGCCGGUACGAAGCAACGGGAGCAGUUUAUCAAGGAGAUACAGGUACACGAGAUACUGCAAACGCACGCUCUGGACGGUGUGCGGAUUCACCGGGAGUUUUGCGGCGUUAUAAUCGUUGAGGGUGCACCGGAAGAUAUCAUCACGUUGACGGAUAAAGAGAGGCUGCGCGUGCAUAUGAUACUAACGACCAAAAUUACUUGAAUAUAUCGAUGUAUAUCAUUAUAA